GGUACAAUUAAAUAAACCACAAUAAACAUGUCGACCAGCAGCAUGUUCAGCCCGGUGGUGUCAGCUGGCCAUCGGUUCCUAGAUUCUCUGGAGGAUAACAAUAGGUCUAUCGCUACUCUCUGCACGUCAGCUGACACUUUCAUUCACCAUGUUAAAGAGCUCGACGCAGUACAAAACGCUCAGUCUGGUGUCAAAAAGAGCAUUUUCAACAGCAUUUCCACCUUCAGUGAGAACGUUGAGCCCUAUGUCAAGGUCAUAGAUACUUUUGUGUCGUCCAAGCCGGAAGUAGCUGCCUUGAUAUGGGGUGCAGCCAGACUAGUGUUGCAGCUCGCAAGCAAUUACUUAAACUUUUUCCGGAAGCUAACUGGCAUGAUGGAGAAAACCUCGUCGCAACUUGCGAAUUACAAACAACUUCUCGAAUUGCUUGAGGAAAAUGACAUCGAGCCGACUCCAGGGCUUCAGUGCGCAGUAGUUACAACCUACGAAGGCAUACUAGACUUUUUCCAGAAGAUAGUUGAUGUUUUUUACAAGAAGACAGGGAAGGCAAAGUCGCAGCCGAUCGUGGUCGGAAACAUUCUUUUGAAGCCGCUGGAUUCCACAUUCAGCACCCUCCAAGAAAAGUUGUCGGAUUGCGAUACCCUCGUAGACAAGGAGUUGCAGCUUUAUCAGCUCAGACUUAUUCUGCAGCGCCGACAGGAGGACGUUAACGAACUGAAAGCGAAUAACGAUCGAUCUUCUGACGCACUUCGUCAGCUCAUUGCAGCCAUUGAUGCUCUCGUGAAAUCAGUGAAGGUGGAGAAGAAGGGGGAAGAAAGGCAUAUCGAUGCCGUUAGAAAUGACAUCCGGCAAUGGAUUAACCCUCCAGAGUUCAUGAGGAGAUACGAGUCCAUAAUCGAUGAGAUAGAAGAAACCACUACUGAAUGGCUAUUUCAGAAGGAUCAGUACAAGAAAUGGGAGUCUUUCGAGGGAGGCGAUAAAGAAAUUUCACAUAGCAAGGUUCUGUGGAUUCAUGGUAAACCAGGGAGUGGCAAAUCAUUCCUGUCCGCUUCGGCCAUCGAUCUGCUAAAGGCUUCAGCUCGCAGCAACAAACACACAGUCGUUCUUUUCUUCCAUUUUAAUGCAGACGAUCCUACGUCUAAUACUAUCACUGCAGCCUACAGGUCAAUCCUCGCACAGCUGUUUCAAAAAUACUCUGAUUCGCGCUCCAUGAUUGAUCGUUUCUCAUUUUCUCUGGCUGACUCACAUGGACAAAAGACUGCAUCUAUGUUCGAGGUAGUCGACUUGCUGGAUCUAUGUCUUCGAAAUUUUGAGGGAAGGUGCUUCAUUAUCCUUGAUGGCAUAGAUGAGUGCAGUGAUAACGGCCGUUCGUUAUCGGCACUGUUGACUACGAUCUCUCAUUGCCCAUUUGCCAAGUUACUCCUUUUCAGUCGACCAACCGUCGCCUUUCUCAAUGAAUGGGUACCACCGCAUGAGCGGUUUCCGAUAGGAGACGAAAACAGCAGCGACAUCCAACAGUAUCUAAAGCGGAGGAUCGAAUCAUUCGUCGAGCGAGACUACCUCCCUGCUUCAGUGCAGAAGGAACGCUUGCUCCACCAUCUCACACUAGGCGCCGACGGUAUGUUCCUAUGGGCUCAUCUCAUGAUCAAGUACUUGGACACCGAUGCUAUGUAUCAAGAAAGCCGAAUUUCGGCUAUUUUUGAUAUCACCAUGCCCGAUGACCUGGACAGGAUGUAUUUCCGAAUUCUACAAAGAAUCCAACUCUCAAACUCGAUAGAGCGCGAGUGGGCCGCCAAAGUCUUCUCAUGCCUUACGUAUGCAUUUACUCCUGGCCCUUUCCGACCUGAAGAGCUACGACUGUUCCUUAGUCCAAACGCGAAGAAGCACUUACCACUAGCUCGCUUUGUGCAGACGACGGUGAGAGUCUGUGGGGCACUAGUGGAGCUGGGUUCCGACGGGCAAAUCCGAUUUAUUCACAUUUCUGUCAAGGAAUACUUUAUAUCACAAGCAGCAGGUUUCGGGCAUCCUCCUCACCGCGCUCAUGCGAUGUGCGCUGCGGUUUACCUAGAGUACAUGGUUACGCACUUACCCUCCGAGCCUUUGCCAGCAGGUUUGCAUAACCAUUUAACGCUUCUUGAUACAUUUCCGCUACUCAAAGUUGCGGUAGGGAAUUGGAUGCAUCAUUGUGUUAAUGCACUUCUUGCAAUGAAGAACGAUCCUUCGGAUAGAAAAGACGAAGGCUCCACCAAUAUCGAUAACAUCGGAGAGCUAGUGGAUAUACUGAUACCUAGACUUCACCAGUUUCUUGACAACCAAUCCUGCUUCCUCUCCUGGAUCGAAAUGUCAUACCGUCUUUCAGUAUCCGUCAUCAAGUCUUGUCUCGUCUGGAAAGCUAGCUUGAAAGAGCUUUCUUCAAAUCUCACCAACCAUUCGUGCGGUGUCUAUUCAGACAGCGUGUCUCGGACAUUGACCGAUUUGAUCGAUCUUGUGUCGCGCGCAGAAGAUAUUGAAACGGAGUGGAAUUCGCAACUCCUACAAGAUCCGGCUAUUGUAUGGAGAGAGGUUGAAGCCUUCCACAGACAUGCUGAGCAUUCGCCCGCGGCUCCAGUCAUGAAAGUGACUAGUCUCUGCGCAGAGAAGCCAGAAACUCUUGAGGCUGAAAAUGGAAGUCUAAAGACCAUAUCCAGAAUUCGAAACGAUGGAAAAGCUAUAAUUGUACUCUCGAUUUGGCCUUCCAGGGCUUUUGAAGAUGCUGCCUUUCGUUCUGCCGCGGAGCUGAGUGGUAAGAACUUGUGGAACGCAUGUUCAGGCUGGGUUGCGAAGCUUGAGGCUUGGACGACUGAGGAACAGCCUACUCGUGCUCUCAGUCUAGUUAUCAAAAUUAAUGCCCAAGAGGUCUUGAUCCAAUGUAAACAGUCUGCUUGGGAAGACCGCAAUAAGUCCCCCGCGUCACCAUGGAGUUUGCAGUUUCCCCUCGCUAUCUCUUCGAGCGGACGGUACUUUUGCAUUCUUCGGACGGUUUACAAAAUAUCCCAGCCGGAAAGUCAGCAUUGCCAACCAAAGCUGCGAAAGUUCAAGCUGAACCUGAACCUGGAUGGACGCGAUGAUUGGGACCCUUAUCGACAUGUCGAACACAAUCUGCUGGAACCCCGGUUCUUGUACUUCCCAAGUUUUACUGCCAGUGACGACCUCUUCGUCCUUUACUCAAAGGUUGGCACUCCGCUAGUAUUCGCACUCUUCCAAACCAGACUUGAAGAUAAAUUCCAGCUGACGUUGAAGUCUUCUGAUAUGAGUGAGAUCGUCUUAAAACCGGAUGAUUUUCACAGCAUCAUGAUAUGUGAUAACCCGGUCCUUCCAUUAGUAGGAUUUAUUGCUGGUCCGGGAGCUUAUUUAUGGGACUGGACGCGUGCGGAACAGCCAAGAAUUCUUUGCUGCUACAGUUCGGAUGUGGAUGAACCAGUAAAAAUAGCCUUUUCUAGCUGCGGAAAGUUCUUUAUCCUCCGCCUGCAGGCAAAUCCCAAGCCAAUGACCGUGGAUGCAGAGCAGGUCCUUGGCAUCAAGCGUAUGCCAGAAUUGCAACAGAGGAGUAACCCGGUGACAAGCGAAUCGUUCAACAUCAUGACACGAAAAGCAUAUGGCUCCUUUCUACAGCGAAGCAAACAGUACGGGGUGAUUGACAGUACAGAUGCGAGUAUGGUCAUCAAGGACGGAGUUCCCGCCACUGAUGCCUUACAUGUCGUCUCGUCACAAAACCAGAUUGUUGUGCGCAAUAUACAAGAAGAUCAAGAGGCCGAUGGAGAAACUGUCAAUGAGGUACAAUUGACAAGGCUGCCUGAGAGUGUCGCCAACAGCUCUUCGGCACCAAAUGCUACGGUAAUCGUUCCAGAUGGUGCCGACAGGAUGGUAAAGAUUGCCGUCACAGAUGAGCCGAGUCUUUAUAGCCGUCUAUCACUGGGGAGGAAUCAGCUCCUUAUGCUUAUCCAGCGCGAAAAGACCUCGCUUCAAUUUCAGACCACGAAGAUAAGCUUACCGGUUAUAAAUUCAGUACAGAACGUGGCAAUCCAGCCACAAGAAUCGCCGUCUCUAUUGGAUUCAACAGUCCACCCCUUCGUGGUUGUGCCAUGGCAGGUAGAUGAGCAGCUUGGCAUGCACGUGCCAUGA